AUGAAUUCACUCCUGUUCCUGGCCCUUGUGGGAGCUGCUGUUGCCUUCCCUGUGGAUGAUGAUGACAAGAUUGUUGGAGGAUACACCUGCCAAGAGAAUUCUGUCCCCUACCAGGUGUCCCUUAACUCUGGCUACCACUUCUGUGGAGGCUCCCUCAUCAAUGACCAGUGGGUGGUGUCUGCAGCUCACUGCUACAAGAGCCGCAUCCAAGUGAGACUGGGAGAGCACAAUAUCAAUGUCCUGGAGGGCAAUGAGCAGUUUGUCAAUGCUGCCAAGAUCAUCAAGCACCCCGACUUCAAUAGGAAGACCUUGAACAAUGACAUCAUGCUGAUCAAACUUGCUUCCCCUGUGACUCUCAAUGCCAGAGUUGCCACUGUGGCUCUGCCCAGCUCCUGUGCACCUGCAGGCACUCAGUGUCUCAUCUCUGGCUGGGGCAACACCUUGAGCUUUGGUGUGAAAAACCCUGACUUGCUUCAGUGCCUGGAUGCCCCAGUGCUACCUCAGGCUGACUGUGAGGCUUCCUAUCCUGGAAAGAUCACCAAUAACAUGAUCUGUGUUGGCUUCCUGGAGGGA